AUGUCCAAAACAAUCGUCUCGAGUGGCAUAUCAAGCCUGCGAUGUUCCAGACCAUUUGAAACUUCAGCGCUGCUCAAACGUUGCUGGUCCUCUAGCGUUGCUGCUUUCCAAUUCGACCAAACCUUUAAGAACAAGGUGCUCUAUCCCAGACAGGCGAAGAGUCUUAAAACAUCGUUGAACCUAGAGAAGAACUUGAGAAGAAGCUCUGGUCCUUUGAAAACAAGCUUGAGCGAUUGGAAACACAAGCUUUCAGACGGAGUUUUGAGCACAAGAGAAUGCACUACCACAACUACGAGUGAAUACUAUGAUCUGGAAAAAGCUAUUGCACUGCUGAGAAAACUCGGAUAUAACCCGACCAGCUUGGUUCCAGAUGAAAUUGUGACGUUCAAGUACUUAUACAAUGGAAUAAGGUCUGAUAUCAUGGUUCUGGGGAAUUGUGGGACAGUCGUGUCGUGGGGGCUCGAAGAAACAGUGGUGAUGAAGCAUGUCUUGCCUUUGAUUCAAGAUGCUAGGAUCAACGCUUUGCCGCAGGAUCAGUUUGAGAGUGAGGACCUGGACUACAUAGAGAUUGAAUCCCAACAAGAUUUGGAAAAGGCCCAAAGACUUACAAAGAAGUGUUGUGAAGAAAGCUUUAUAGAAGGCGAUCUAAUAAUCGUCAACAACCUUGAUCCGACCAUAAGCCUUCUCGAUAAAGCAGCCUUGUCAAGUGGCAUGUCGCGGAGCACCAGAUUGGCCGUUUUGGAAGAACUGUUAAAGACUCAUAUCGAAAGGUCCCGGAAGUUCACUGAACUCUUGUCAAAGGGCAAGCAGCUUAACCUCAAAGAACCGGAUGUGCUCAAAUCUACAGGAAGUCUAUUUUUGAUUAGGGGCAAGCUCAACCUUUAUUCUGAGCUCAUCGAAACACCAGAUUUGUACUGGAGCGAGCCGCGACUUGAAAAAAUCUACAAACAGAUGUCCAAGAGUCUUGAUAUCCAACCGCGAAUAAGCAUUUUGAAUUCCAAGCUCGAUUUCGCAGUGGAAGAGUCCAGAGCAUUUAUGCAAGUUCUCAAUGAGAAGAAAAGCACUUAUCUGGAAUGGAUUAUAAUAUACCUGAUUACAGUCGAGGUUUGCUUUGAGCUGCACCAUUACUAUGAACGCUACUGGCUUGAUAGACCUUCAGAAAGCUCGAAUAACAAGUCUUGA